AUGAGAGAAGGCCCAGUGAAGGAUAUCAUCAGAUUCGAUGAGUUAGUCAUCCAGUUUGGGAACAGGCAGUGUAAGAAAUUUCGAUCUCAACAUCAUUACAAAGAGAUUCGCAAUAGCCUGAGAGUUUGUGGACGUUUAUUGCUAUGCCUGAAAGAAAUCAACUCUGAAAUAACAGACUUCUCGUCUAUCUACCAUCCUAAAUAUUAUGAAGAUGUCAUUACCGCUGUGAACAUGAUCGGUAGACUUGACGCUGACGGUACAGCCUAUGAAGCUCCUGCAAGUGCCGCUCAGGCUGGAUCAUUGUUGAAGAAACUUGCAGCUCUACGCAAAAGUAAUUGCAUUAAGCUUCAAUUAACAGAUGAAAAACAAAAUUGCGAAGAUUUCCUCCAUCUUUUAGUGGACGAUUAUGGUGCAAGCGUCAGCAAAACUGUUGAAGAAAGUCAGACCUUGCAAAAGAGGAGGAAAGAUGUAAAACUACCCACUAUCGAGGACAUUAAGAAACUUUGGGAGUAUCUAGAAGUACAGAGAGAAUCAGCCAUGGAAGCAUUAAAAUCGAAGGUUUCGUAUGGAAACUGGCUUUCCGUGGCGAGACCAACUCUAACAUUGAUUCAAUUAUUCAAUCGAAGGAGAGCCGGUGAAGUGGAACGAAUUACGUUAGAGGAUUUUGAGAAGUGCCGUGGAAUUCAGGACUUCGAUAAGGAUUUGUUUGGGGCGCUUGACGCAAAGGCUCAGAAGGUCGCAAAAACUGACACACGUUUUGUUAUACGAGGGAAACUGAAUCGCAUCGUGCCAGUUUUACUCACCAAUUCCCUACUGGAAUCCAUGCAGCUUUUGGUGAAACUAAGAACUUUGGUUGGUGUACCCACGAAAAAUCCUUAUGUGUUUGGUCUGCGCCAUGGAGCAGACAAGGAUCGAUGGGAAUGGUUGAGUGCAUGUACCUUAAUGCGUAAUUUUUCUACGCAAUGUGGAGCUGAAGAUCCAGAGACCCUUCGUGGAACGAAAUCGCGGAAGCAUAUCGCCACACAAUGCGUACUACUGAAUCUGAAUUCCCAUGAGGUGUCUGAUUUGGCAAAUUACUUGGGCCAUGAUGAAAAAAUACAUAUGUCCCACUAUAGACAGCCCAUCGAAGCUCGUGACAUUCUCCAGGUUUCUAAAUUAUUGGAAAAGGCUAGUCAAGGUAGUCAUGCCAAUGGAAAUACAACUGAUAAUUCUUCUGAUGAUGAGGCGGGUCAGGGAGAUAGUGGAACAGCAUCAUGCAGGGAUGAAGAGCCUGGAUCAGCUGCUUGUAGUGGAUCGAACUCUCAAAAAGUUCUACCACGAAAAGCAAGACAGAAAGUAUCACGUCCUAUUGAAGAAUCGGUCUCAUCGAAUGAUGACAAUGAUAUUGGUCAUCAAACGAAGAAGAGGAAAGUGAAUGUUGUGUCAGAUGACGAUCAAUCAGGAGCUACUGGUGAAGUUUCUGGAAGCCAUAGGAAGGAAUCUACUGAUGGACCAAGUAAUAGUACGAGUAAAAAUAAGAGAAAAAGGAGAUCGACUUCUCCCUAUGGACCUGUCAAGCGUAGACGUUGGGUUCCAGAAGAAGUAGAUGCAGCUAUGGCUUUGUAUGCCAAGUAUUUCAGAACAAGUCGAUAUCCAUCACUUCGUCAAAUUGCUGAGGAUAUAUCUAAGAAUCCAGCGUUAAAAAAUCGUACUCCAGCUCAAGUCAAAACAUGGAUUAGUAAUCAUAAAUGA